AUGGGGUCCAGCAGCCCCCGGGGCCUCCUCUGCACCCUCUGCAUCCUCCUGGUGCUGGCUGGGCACCUGUGCCCUGCCACGGCCCAGUGGUGGGCUGUGGGCUCGGAGGACACCACCCCGGAUCCCGGCACCAGCCUCAGCACCCCCACCCUGGAUGGGCAGGAAGAUGCAGAGACCAGCAUGGAGCCCAUGGGGAAGGUGCUGCUGAGCAAACCCCCUCUGGUGACGGCCCCCAGACGCCGGGACCACCUCGCCAGGGGGCCAGCGAAAGGGCCAGGCCAUGCCCCACCACGCACACGAGGCCAGCGCCGACCCACGGCCGCCCCAGAGAUCUUCGAGGGAAGCGCGGUGGAAGAGGAGUUCCUGCAGAUCCAGACCACAGCAAAGGGGCUGUCCCGGGGGGUGCCCCCGGCCCCAGAGACGGACCCUGCCCUCCAGGUGCAAAACACCUCCGGCUGUGUCUGCCCCGCACGCCCUGGCCCUCCCGGCCCAAAGGGAGAGAGAGGUGACCGAGGGUACCCGGGAGAGAGAGGCCAGCCCGGAAUCUCAGGGGACAGAGGGAAGCCUGGCAGCCCAGGACAGCCAGGUCACCAGGGUCCCCGGGGCCCCCCGGGUCCUCCGGGACCCCCGGGACCCCCAGGCACCUGGGGAGCCAGGAGCCCACCCGCGCCCGCCGCCCUCCCCGAGGGAUCGGAGAACGAGCUGAGACCCUCCAGCCCUGUGGGAAACCCAGGACCCCCAGGCCCCCCGGGCUGCCCGGCAUGCCCGGACCCCCAGGCUACCCAGGCCAUGAUGGCCCCCCGGGAGUCCCUGGGGGCUGUGGGACCACCCGGUUUCCCUGGGGCUGAAGGAACUCCAGGGUCUCCAGGCUCGGCUGGGCCAGAUGGACCCCCAGGGGCACCAGGGCUCCCAGGGCCUCAGGGUCCCCCCGGGGUGCCAGGGCACGAAGGACCCCCCGGUCCCACAGGACCUGCAUCACUCCCUGGCAAACCAGGGCUCCGAGGGGAGCCAGGAUUCCCAGGACUAAAGGGCGAGAAGGGCGAGUAUGGACUGCCAGGCAUGCCGGGAAGCCCUGGCCGGACCGGAGAGACAGGACCCCCCGGCAUGCCCGGUCCCAUGGGACCUCCAGGACCACCAGGGGACUACAGGGUGAGUAGGGGCCCUGGGCUGCAGGUGCUGGGUGUGACUUGCGCCACGCAGGGCACCGCGGGUUGGCCGGGCCGGGCCCCAAGGGAGAAAAGGGCGACCCUGGAGAGCCGGGGUGCUGCUACGGGGAACAGGGGUGCAAACCAGGCCACCUCCCCUUCCCCAGCACAGGCAGCCAGCCUGGCUCCUGGGGGUCCAUCAGAGGGUACCAGACGGACAACAAAGAGGAACCAGAGAUUUACGGAGCGAUCAUCCCUCAUGGUCUUCGAGGUCCCCCCGGGCACCCCGGCCCCCCUGGACCCCCAGGCCCCCCUGGACCCCCAGGUUUCCUCUACCUCAACAGGGUGUACCCAGUCCGUGCCCAGCCCCCCUGCAAGCAGCCGGCGGCCCCAGACCCAGGUUGGGCAGCAGAUGCCCAGGCCCCUCAGACGGAGCCGUCGGAGUGCCGCACUGAUCCCCGGGUGUCGCCAGACGUGGGUCUUCAAGUCCAAGGGGCUGAUGGUGAAGGCGAGCGGUGCCGUGCCCGAGGGGAGCCUGGUCUAUGUGCAGGAAGGGAGCAGCGCCUUCCUCCGGACCCCCGCUGGCUGGAGCCGCCUCCUGUUGGAGGAUCCGCAGUCGGUCUUGGCUGGUGACGACCCUUCUGCCUCCACCCCACGGUACCAGGAGGCAAAGCGGGUGCAGACACGAGGUCCCGACACAGUGUCACCUGUGCAGUCCCCAAUGGACUCUCUGGUCAAGAAGGAGGAGGGACAAGGGCUGCCCCAAAUCCAGCCAACCACCACCGCGCCACGGAUCCCAUCCCUCCGCCUGGCUGCCCUCAACGUGCCCCUCUCCGGCGACAUGAGCGGGAUCCGGGGGGCCGACCUGCAGUGCUACCGGCAGUCCCAGGAGGCCGGGCUGUACGGCACCUUCCGGGCCUUCCUGUCGGCCCCCAGCCAGGACCUGGUGUCCAUCGUCAAGAGGACAGACAGGACCCUCCCCAUCGUCAACCUGAAGGCAGGGGACAAGGGCACCCCUCGGCCCCUGGCUCAGCACCGCGGCUCGUGCCCACAGGGGCAGCUGCUGGCCAAGUCCUGGAGCUCCCUCUUCGAGGGUCAACCCGGUGCCACCCCAGGGAGUCCCAUCUACUCCUUCAACGGGCGCAACAUCCUGACGGAUCCCCUCUGGCCCCACCGGCUGGCCUGGCACGGCUCCACGGCACGGGGGGGCCACGCCCGGCGCCGGGACUGCCAGGGCUGGCGCGGCUCCGGCGCGGCCGAGGGCAUGGCCACCCCCCUGGGCCAGGGCCGGCUGCUGGCCGGGCACCGGCACAACUGCUCCACGCCCCUGGCCGUGCUCUGCGUCGAGGUGGCCUUUCCCUACCGGCACAUGUGGUGA